AUGUCAUUUGCUAAUAUAGAUUUAGAAGCUCAAAAACAACCACUACUUAAAAGUUCUCAAGCAUCGGCCUCAUCCAGUUAUAUCGAAAAUAAUGAAUUAGAUAUCAUCAUUAAUAAAACCCUACAUCAAUUACAAUCAUUUGGACAAUUGAUAACUCAAUUUGAUAAUCAACGUAAACAAAUUGGAAGUAGACGAGAUUGUCAACAAUUGCGAAAUAAUAUAGAUGAAUUGACUGACAAAAUUACAGAUAUGAGUAAAGCUAUUCAAGUUUUAAUUUUAAAUUUAAGUUCAUUAAUUAACAAACAUUCAAAUAAAAAAGAUUCAGCUAUUCAGGUCUCAAAUCGACAAAUUGUUAUUAAAGAAAGAUUAGUCAGUGAAUUUGAUGAAUUGGAUAAAAAAUUUAAGAAAUUAAUCAAACAAUACCAUGAAAAGAAGAUAUCUACUCCGAUACCGACUGAUCAUAAAACUGAAGAUAGAAAAGAACAACAAGGUGACAAUGUGGAAAAUCAACAAACUCAAGAACAAUUACAAAUGGAUGCAGAAACUAUAAAUCAAACCGAAUUACAGUAUCAGUUAUUGUUAACUGAGGAACGAAAUAGAGAAAUUGAACAAGUAACAGAAGGUAUACAAGAAAUUAAUACCAUUUUCAAAGAUCUAGGACAAUUGGUAAAUCAACAAGGUGAGCAACUCAAUACCAUAGAGGAUAACAUACUACAAUUACAUGGUAAUACAAAACAAGCAGAUAGAGAAUUACACAAGGCAAAUGAAUAUCAGAAAAAGAAAGGCAAAUGGUCAUGUAUUUUAUUGGUUGCACUUUCAAUAUUCUUAUUGAUUAUAAUAUUAAUAGCAGUUAGUUAA